UCUGGUGGCUUGUAUUGUCUUUCAGCAUUUCCUCUCCCAGCUUGAGUCUGCUUACAGCAUUGAAGGGAUAAGCAGGUAUAUAGGCACUAUUUGUUUGACUUAUCUGAAGGUCUUUGGGUUAAUGUUGAGCACUUUGGCCAACCUGGGCAUUUGUGAUACACAUCUAUGUCCUUCCCUUUUUCAGGGAAUACUGUCCUAGUAGAGAGGUAAAAAAGAAAAGCAUCCUGUUAUCAUCCUUCUGCCUAGGGAAAAUAUCCUACUCCAGCUGUGAGAGGAUGUACUGAAGAGCUUUGGCUUUGGCUCAGGGAAAGGAGUGACUGCAGCUAGUGUGUAACAUGUCUAGGAGGUGAAUGUUUCCCUGAGGGGAAUGAUGUGCCAUCCAAUCCCACUUUAGGAAAACUCUCUAAAUCCUGUGAACAAUGUUUAUUUAUAAUGUCUGACAGCUCUAAUGCCUUUGCUCAUCUGCUUUCCAGCAUGCUGAAACCUAGCAAGAAUGCACAGAAUGAGCACGAGUUGCAACAGACUCAUGAAUGAGGUGACUCCAGGUAGCAAAGCUGCAAUAGCCAACUUAUGUAUAGGAGACCAGAUCAUAGCCAUUGAUGGGGUGAACACGGAUAACAUGACACACCUUGAGGCGCAAAACAAAAUCAAGGGUUGCACAGAUGAACUAACUCUGACAGUCAGCAGAACAGAGUCAAAAGUCUGGUCACCACUUGUAAAUGAGGAGGGAAAGACGCAUCCUUAUAAGAUGAAUCUGGCAUCUCAGCCACAGGAAAUAAGGCAUGUAGGAAGUGCACACAACCGGAGCGCGGUGCCCUUCACAGCUGCCACAGCUUCUGCCCCUAGACUGAUCGCUGCUCAGUACAACAGCCCAGCAGGCCUCUAUUCCUCAGAGAACAUCCAGACCUUCAACAGUGCGGUGGAGUCAAAGACAUCACCUGUGGCCCUGGAGUCUACCAAGCCUUUAGAUCAGCAUAACCAGCCCUCAGGUGGCAUUGUCAUAGAGAGAGAGUCUGAGGUUUACAAGAUGCUCCAGGAGAAUCAAGAGUCAAACGAGCCACCUAGACAAUCUGCUUCCUUCCUCGUAUUGCAAGAGAUUCUGGAGUCAGAAGAGAAAGGUGACCCUAUCAAACCAUCUGGAUUUAGGAGCGUCAAAGCCCCCACCACAAAGGUGGCCUCAUCGAUUGGGAAUGCCCAGAAGUUGCCGAUGUGUGAGAAGUGUGGAUCUGGCAUUGUAGGGGUGUUUGUGAAGAUCCGUGACAAGCAGCGUCACCCAGAGUGCUAUGUGUGCAGCGACUGUGGCACCAACCUCAAGCAGAAAGGACACUUCUUCGUGGAAGACCAAAUCUACUGCGAGAAGCAUGCACGGGAGCGGGUGAUUCCCCCAGAGGGCUACGAGGUGGUCACUGUCUUCCCAAAGUAACCUGCACUACUCACAAAGCCAGUGUGGAUGAUUUCUCCUCAGCUGCUCUUCCUUGGAAAGCAUCGUCUUUGCCUCCUGCUGAAUCUUGUUUGCAGUAAGGAACACUGGGCAUGGCUUUGAACUUCCUUGUCAAUAUUAAUCCACCAUCUGUCACUAAUUGGUAAACACUCAUUUUGUCUCCUCUUUCACUGUUUGGGCUCGGUUUUUGGUUUUUUUUCAAUACACAGAAUUAACUUUUUCCCUUUCUUUGUGCUGUCAAUCGUAUGGGAGAAAUCAGAGGCCAAAGUCAAGACACAACUCUUCUGUGUCCCAGUUAUUUGCCUUCUCUUUGCAUUCAAUAAAUGGGGUGAAUCCACAAGGCAGGGGUGUCUGCUUUCUCCUUUAUCCCUCUGCACUGCUUCAGGGUUCCUGGAGCAGCAGAAGAGGUGCAUGGCUGUGCUCACCCUGGAGAACAGUGGGAGUUACGCAGUUGAGUCGGGCUCAUCCUGCUGCCCAGCUGCUGUGAGCAGCUCCUGCUGGCACCCGACCAGGGCCCGGUGGGCACAGCCAAGCCCCAUACCGCAGCUGGCACUGCUGGCCUGUGCCUGGUGCAAGGCAGAUCAGAGCUUCCUCCUCUGCGUUCAGCACUGCUUCGUGGUGAUGGCACUUCAAAGCUUCCCGUUGCCACAUCAAUCACCUGUGCACCCCUACAGUCCACCAUGCUCACAAGCUCAGCCCUGUGAAAACAUCUCUUUGAUGCUUGCUGGAAACCAGGGGGUCCUACAGCAAAGACAGGAGGGAUUGAGCGGCUCUUCCCUCUGCCGGCAGGCUCAGGUACAGGCUGGUGAGGUCGAGUUUUGCUGCCGCACACCUCUUGUCCAUGGUCACUGAUGUUCCCAUCUGCAGCCAUCUGGGACAGAUCUGCCAUGCACGGUGCCGUGGCGGUGCCAGAGGCAUUGCCCUGCUUGCAGCGCCUCCGGACAUGCAGGGCUGCUGGAGGGAGUCUGGGGUGGGAAGGGUCCCACGUGCAGUGGCUGAGGGCCUGCUGGGACGAUGUGUGGUGAGGUUAUUUUAUCUGCUCACACCUCUUAAUGUGCUGAGGGCUGUUCUUUUG